AUGGCUACGGGGGGCAAAUAUGGAAUGGACCAGGACGCGUUCAGCCAAUACCUUACAGGCAUCUACGGGGGUGGGUGUGUCAUGCUAUCUGUUGCCAUUGGGCACGAGCUGGGACUCUUUAAGGCCAUCUGUGAAGCACCGGGGCCAUUCAGCUCGGAGGGCAUCGCUGGAAAAUUAAAUUUCAAACCAAGGUAUACGAAAGAAUGGCGUUCGACAAUGGUAGCCGCUGGUAUUCUGCAGCAAGACCGGAAUUCGCGCCUCUACAACGUGCCCGAGGGUCACAAGUCCGCCCUACUGAGAAACACGGGAUUCGCACCAAUCCUUAUCAGCCUGUCCACCAGGGCCGACCUCAUCAAAAAGUGUUUCCAAGAGAAUGGGCCUUACGGCAUUAGUUUUGCAGAAAGCCCUGAGUGGUUUGAGUGGUUUUACAGCUUCCGGGGCCAAACGGUCGAACACAAGGUGAACACCGUGAUUGUACCUGUGUGGAAGAAACAGUCAGACAUUGUUCCACGUCUAGAAAAUGGUAUCAAUGUGCUAGAUCUCGGCUGUGGGCCUGGAAAUUUUACAAACAUUCUUGCACAACGAUUUCCCAAUUCCACUUUCGUUGGGCUCGACUACUCGGACGCUGCUAUUGAAAUAGCCAAUAGAGACAAGGCCAAUCGGGGUUUAUUUAACAUGACUUUUAUGAUGGGUGACGCAUAUAAACUGCCGGAUGACUGGACGGGCGACUUCGAUAUGGUGCUCCGAUUUUCCAAUUCCACUGGGGCUUGGGCUCGAUUUCUCCGACACCGCUAUAAAAAUGGCCAACAGAGGAAGGCCGAUCGUGGUUUAUCCAAGGUGACUUUUAUGAUGGGUGACGCACAUAAACUCCCGGAAGACUGGGCGGCCCACUUCGAUAUGGUGUUCGUAUAUGACGUUCUACACGACUUGACACACCCAUACAAUGUGUUAAAACAGAUUCAUCGAAUUCUGAAACCAAAUGGAUUUCUCAGCCUGAUCGAUUUCGGUUUUCAUAGCGACCCGGUAGAAAACGCUGGCGACAUGACGGCCGCCAUGUACUACAGCUGCAGUGUUUUCAGAUUAUUGGCCUCUUGUAUGACAGAGGAACUAUGGGUCGGCUUCGGUGCGUGCUGGGGUCGCGAGGAGAUUCAAAAGGCUAUUCUCGGAGCUGGCUUCCAAAUCAAUGGCGAAUCUUCGCCAGUCGUUAUCGAGAAACAUUUUUUCUUCUGUUGUACCAAGUGA